AUGGAGGAACCAAAUCAAGAAAAUCCCUCAAGCCAUGAUUUUAGUCUACUUAUUAAAGAAAUUAAUGCUGAAAUCGAUAAGGUUUCUAUACUCGAUACUAAAGUUGAGGAAAUAGAGACUUGCUAUUCUCUUAAGCCAUGAUCUUUUAAUGGAAAUUUGGAAAGUUUAAAAUCUGAUAUUCAAAUUAAACUAGAAAGCCUAGGCUUAUUUAAAAAUAGAAGUGAUGAAAUUAAUAAUAUAGUAAAAUUCAACGAUGAAGCCAGUCUUAUUUACUCAAAAUACAUGCUAAGCUACAGUAACCUCUGUCAUAAAAUUGAAAAAUUCUUUUUACAAGUUAACUUUGAUAUGACACACUGUUAUGGUCUUCCUUCUAACAAAGAAUGCACUCUUUUUGUCUACAAUCUGGAGGAAGGGAAAAAAGAAAAAGUUGUCAUUGAAGAGCUAAAAUCCCUUGACUCCAGCUCAUGUUUAAUUCAGCUUCAAAAUAAUGAACUUUUCUGUUAUGAGAAUAAAGGAUCACCAUAUUAUGGGACUAAUUGCUCCUGAAUAAUUGAUUUAAACACUUUUGCAAUCAAAAAAGCAUUCCCCAGUUGAAAUUUGUCCAUAGGAGCAGGAGGAAUUUACCUGGAAAAUAAAGUAAUAUUAUUUGGAGGAUAUAGAAGAAGAGAUUUCUUAAAGGAAUGCUCUCAAUUUGAUUUGAUAAAGCAGAAAUGAACCCAGCUCCCACCUAUUCUAGUAGAUUCUUACUCCCCCCCCCCCCCUCCGUGAGCGAACAAAAAAAUUUUGUUCGCUCACGGAGGGGGGUUAAUUUUUUUUUUAAAAAAAAUUUAUAUAUAAAUUUUAUAAAAAAUAUUUUUUUCGAAAUUUAAAAAAAUCCUAAUUUGCAAAAAUUGGGAAGCAAAUAUUAAUUUAAUUUGCAAAAUUUAUGUUUUAAAACGCAAUUUGUUUAAAAUUAAACAGAAUUAGCUCUAGAUUUCAUUAUACUAAUUAUCACUUAUAUAUCAAAAUUUUUUUCCAUUAAAAUUUUUUCUAUUAAAAAAAUUUUUGUUCACUCACGGAGGGUGGGUUUUGGUCAAAAAAUGGCGAUUUUUCUAAUGGUUUUGUUCGCUCACGGAGGGGGGGGGAGUUACCAAAUUUCUUGCGUAGUGUUUAAAGAUAUCAUCCUUCUCUGCGGAUUUGUUCACGCAAGGGUUUAUAUAUAUGACCUGAGAAUAGAAAGCUGCUCAGAAAUCUCUUCUAUCAAUUUAAAUCCUUUGAAACUUAAAUCUUUGAUGACUGCAAACUCAAGAGCAUAUGUAUUUGAGUAUAAGGGUGGGAUUUUCGAGACUGAAACUGAAGAUGAAUAUAAUUGAAGUUUCAUUGGGAACAUUCCCAAUGAAAAUCUUAUUCCUUUUAAAAUGUAUGACCAAACAUUGAUCUUUGCUGAGAGUACGAAGACGGAAAAGGUAUCAUUUUAUAAAUUUGACUUAAUUGAAAAGAAAUUGAGGAAAAUAUCAUAUUAA